CAAGAAUCAUGCAAAAUAAGGAGAUGGGUGACCUCAGAAUCAGUUAGUUCAGUUCAGUUCAAUUUUGCAACCUUUGACAUUAUUGGACAUGGCAGACUGAGAAUCAUUUAGUUUUCGAACCGAACCAUGGCUUUGGCGUUCGGUUCACUGGUUCCUACGAACACCAACACUUUGUGUCUCUCUCUCACACCACAACCUUUGAAUAAUCUCAUCUUCAGCACCAAAAACCAUACUAAGUUUAUGUUUUGUGGCAGAGGUGUUAGCUAUGGAAACACUUUGUCUUGUUCAGACCAAAGAGCUUCUACUUCCAUUGCCACUAUUGUUUGUUGUGCUGCUAAUAAACCUUCUUCUUCUGAAAUCAGCUCUACAGCCAAGAUAAGGAGCGAAGUUCUGUCUCCGUUUCGCGCUGUUAGGAUGUUCUUUUACAUUGCUUUCAUUGCAAGCGGUUCUCUUGGGGGAUUCAUAGCGGCCACACAACUGCUCGGCGCAUUGGCUAACCCCUCAAGAGCAUCCCAGGUUGGUGACAUCCUAAAGGGACUUGGCAUUGACAUUGGAGCAGUGUCUAUCUUUGCUUUCUUGUACUUGAGAGAGAACAAAGCAAAGAAUGCUCAAGAGGCUCGCCUCUCGCGAGAGGAAAGCCUGUCAAGCCUUAAGCUCCGUGUGGACGACAAGAAGAUCAUACCUGUUAGCUCAUUGAGAGGAAUUGCUCGUCUUGUGAUCUGCGCUGGACCGGCAUCAUUUGUAACCGAGUCUUUUAAGCGAAGCUUGCCAUUCACGGAAGGUCUUAUAGACAGAGGAGUGCUUGUUGUUCCUUUUGUAACAGAUGGAAAUUCGCCUUGUUUGGAGUUUGAUGAGAGUGAUGAGGAGCUUAACAAGAGAAGGAAGAGGCUCUGGCAGCUAGCUCCGGUUUACAUCACUGAGUGGUCUGAGUGGUUAAAUGAACAAAAGAAGUUGGCAGGUGUAUCAUCCGAAUCUCCAGUGUACCUAUCUCUACGCCUAGAUGGUCGUGUUCGCGGCAGUGGCGUGGGUUAUCCUCCUUGGAAUGCUUUGGUUGCGCAAUUACCACCAGUGAAGGGUAUCUGGACUGGCUUACUAGAUGGCAUGGAUGGUAGAGUUCUUUAGAAGUUACUUUUUCUUAUUCUGUUUCUCCCCCUCUACUGGGGAUGUUCAGUUAAAAUUUUAUGGUUUGAUCUCCAAGAUAUAUGCAUAUUAUAUUUUAGCUUUAUCUUAUGAAUUGUUUCUUACGCAAAUGUUAACACCUACACAGAACACGUGGACGUACAAAUUUGAUCUCCACGACUUUUUCCAA